AUCAUAUAUGGCAUCGCAAAGCCCACAACCCCAUUUCCACGAUUACCUUCCUUUCAUGGCCAACAAGCUCGGUGGGGAUGGUCUCAUAGACGAACUCUGCAAUGGGUUUAACCUUUUGAAGGAUUCUAACAAAGGGGUCAUCACUUUUGAGAGUCUCAAGAGAAACGCUUCUUUGUUGGGCUUACAUGGCCUCAGUGAUGAGGAUCUUCGCUCUAUGCUAAGCCAAGGUGAUUUUGAUGGCGAUGGGGCGCUGAACCAGUUGGAGUUCUGUGUUUUGAUGUUUAGGUUGAGCCCUGAACUCAUGGAGGGAUCCAAGUUGUGGUUGGAGGAAGUUCUUCGACAAGAGCGUCAAGAUUGAUUUUUUAUUUUUUUAAUGUGUUGGUGUUUUUA